AUGGAGCAGCGCUUGGAAAGUCGCGACAAGAGCAUAGCAAUCCUACUCAAACAGCCAACACACACGCACAACAUCUCUCUACAAGAAGCAGCUACGACCUCAGCCGACAAACUGCGCACCCAACAAGAACUCGAGCGCCUGCAGGCCAAGUACAUCGGAACGGGCCACCCAGACACAAGCUCGUGGGAGUGGCGGACCAACAUCUCGCGCGACACCUACAGCAGCAUUGUGGGCCACCCGCCGAUACUCGCGUACCACGCGCUGGCUAUGGGUGAACCCGCCGCAAAGGUGCGCGCCCAGUACAUCAGAAAGAUGGUGCAGCCGUGCGGACCGCCGCCGCCGCGAGAGGAAUGA